AUGGCUUCCACCAACUCCAAUGCUGGUGGUGUUGAAGGCAACAACUCCCAUGCUGAAAAAGAACCUGCUGUUGACCUGAACACCAUGGAUGAGGAAAUGGCUGAAAAAGAACCUGCUGUUGACUCCCCUGCAAGGAACCCUUCAGCUGCUGAAAAUUCCAAGGAGCAGGAAGGGGAGUCUCAGGAGGAUGACAUUGAGUUGGAAGGGGAGGAGGACAUCCUGCAUGCUGAAAUUGCUAAGUUGCAGGAUCAUGCUGCUGAGCAGGAUACGCGCAUCCAGAAGCAACAGUCACUCAUUACCAACCUUAAGAGGGAGGUCUCUGACCACGAUGACAAAAUCAAGUACCUGGAAGUUGAGCUUAAAAACAUGAAGCAUGAUGCGCGCGAGCACGUUCAUCAGCUGGCGAGGCAGACCUCAAAGAUCAACGAGCUGCGCGAGGCCUUCAGUGCCCUCCAAAGGGAGACCAUGUAUCGCCCUGCACCACGAGCGGAUCCGCCUGCCAACUCUGCUAGCGGUCACACCAACCCUUCUCGCUCUGGUGGUGCAGUGGGUGACCCUGGUCCUUCUACGCAGCGCGCUGCUGAGCCGAGCACACAGGCUUUUGGCUCUCUGCCAAUCACCCUGCCGCCAUUCAUCCAUGGCAAGACGGACGUGGCUGCAUGGUUGUCGAUGAUGACCGACCUGUUCAAGGCGCACAAGGUCCAAGACGACGCUCGCGUCGUCGCUGCCACCACCGUGCUGGACCAGAAUGCACAGCGAGUGGUGUAUGGCAGCAUGAUCCAGGCUGAGGCGGAUAGGAAGCCGUUUGGGUGGGAGGAAUUUGCUUCUGCACUCAAGCAAGCUUUCCAGGUCCAGCCGACCCAGCUGGAGGUGCGCAGUCGCCUUGAGAAGCUGCAGUGCAGGAACCGCACAGUGCAGCAGUACGCCGUGGAGUUCGAGGAGAUCUGGCCGCAGCAAGCCUCAAGGCCGUCUUCUAGCACUGCGGGUCCAAGUGGAAGGCGGCAGGGAACGCCUUGGAAGGGCGGGAACCACAAGAGGCCCUUCCAGCAGGGACAGCAGGCUGACCACAAGGCCAAGAAGGUCAACGAGGGUGGACCAAGCAAUGUCCAGAGCUCCUUCAAGUGCGACAAGCCUGGACACAAGGGCUACGAGUGCCGCCACCGCAAGUCGGUGAAGUACUCUGGCAAGGCUAAGACGGACAACAGGCGCAAUGACGGCAGUGGUCCCUCGGGCAGCCAGCGGGAUUUUGCAAAGCCCAACUAG